AUGAGUCUUUCAAACAUAUCUAGUAUUGUGGACCAACUCGGUUUACCGUUUUCGUGUGUUGUUGCUCGCAGGGAUUUGGUCUCUUUUUCAAUAAAUCAGCUGAAUCUUCUAAAGAAUGUUUCCAGAAAGUUUUCUCAAAUUGAUUUGCUGGAUAAAAACUAUCCUAGUGACGAGCUUUUGGUCAAAUUUUUCAGGAAUGGUUCCCGUGUACUUGAAGAAUCCCUUUGUUUGAUAAACAACAAUUCACACAACGCCGACCUUCCACGCCCCUCUAUGUUAUUUAGAAAGAUUGAAAGCUCAUUAGGGAAUUAUGGAUUCUUAACACAUCGCACAAAUGAUGUUUCAAAUUGGGACUUGAAUCAGGCCAUGGUUAAACUAGAACGAGUUUUAAACGAUGGUCUUGUUGGUUUUUUCUGUACUAUAGGCAAUUCUGGGUUAUUUUUACACAAUGUGAACUUUAUGAAGAAUGUUUUAGGUCAGAUAAGCAUUAAAAAACUGAGAUACCCUGCUUUGGUGUGUAUCCUUGGGGUCAUCAGCAAGUGCGAUCUUUUCAGAUAUGACGAGUUUCAAGACUUCAUGGGUUCACUUUUUUCCUUUUUCACUAGAAACCACAGGGCCUUGGGAUACUUGAGUGACUUGGAUACCACCCUCUUGUUGUUUCAUAGAAUCGCCACCUUGUACAUGUCUCGACCGAGCUCGGUCUUAACAAACACGCUUAACACAGAUUGCAGUCAAAUGAAACACACUCUUGAACUACUAACUCUACUCGGUGCUAGCGUAGAUAAGGUAUCUCAGAUGGCAGACUACCGACCCUCAUGUUCCAAGACUGAGGGAGGAGCCAAACAUAUGAAAUCACUGAACAAUCUCGUUCAAUCAGUAUUUUUAAUACACGAAUACGAUCGGGACUUAAUAUUUAGGCUACCUUUGGACAAGUUGACCAAACUCAAGUCGAUUCUAUCUGAGGAUUCCAUCAGUCAACAGCAUGGCUGUGAGUAUGGCCCAGAUGAGAACGGGUCAGGCACAUCUAAACCAAACGCACUCACGACCAAUCAUCUGAACAACACCAGCCUUUUACAUUUGAAGAUACAGAACGUGCUAACUGCCGUUGUCAACUCCGAUGCUGCUGGCAUCAAUACCGAUGACAUGGGCAGCAAAGGUGUGUAUCGCAAGGAUGCUUAUGGGCGCAAAGAUGUAAAGAGAGUUUUGAAUGAAAUUAGAGUCGGCUCUAGCUUGUACUUCAUAGACCUGUUGGUCGUCUAG